CCAUCUUUCUAGAGGAUAAUUAAUGCAUGCCAAGCUGGAGGGCUGAUCCCGCCACCGGACUGCUCCAGACAGGACUGUGAAGGAAGCUUUCCUCUGCUUCACAGUUGGUUGCAUUCUAUUGUGGGUGAAGAAGACGUUUGAACAGCCUGUGCUGCCUAUCAGAUCUCCUGUGGCCCAAAGGUGAUGGUGUCAUCCUGAUUUGUUCUUCUUGUGACCCGGGAGUCGCUAAAUCCCAAACCAUAUAGCUUUGGAAAACCCUGGAAAUACCUGGAAUUCUAGGAGUACAUCACCAAAACUUCUUAAGGUGCCCAGGCACCGGAUCGAUAGCUUUACAUUCUCCUUUAUUAUUUUUGUGAGUAUACAAAGACAAAGACGAAAAGUCUCAACGUUAGCAAUAGCCGCUGGCCAUCCACCUCUGCUUCGACGAACCUGCUGUGACCAAGAGGGCGUGACCUUUCUGCCUGCUGACUUCAAACAGACACUUGAAAAGAAAACACAGUCAGAGAGGCUUCCGCGUGGUGGCAACACAGACCAAAAACCCCAUCAGGCCUGGAUGCGAUGAACGCCUCAUGUAGGCAUCAGCAUGGACAGCUGUGAGUCUCCUGUGGUUUCUGGGACAGACGAUGGGCUCGGCUCCUCCCAGAAGCAGCAACAACCACAGCCCUGGAACGAUCACUCUAGCUCACAGGUCCCUUGCACCAACCAGGCCCCUUCCCUGGACCCCCUGUCUCUCUCUGCUCCCUACCCUUCUCAACCCCAAAACCCUAGUGCACCUCAUGACGGGGUGAGAGAACUACAGUCCCAGCAGCAGCAGCCAAAACAGACAUCGCCCCAGGCCCACCGUGAUAGCUCUGCCGCAGGCCAGCUGCAUCCUAGAAGAGAGGGUCUUGAGGAAGAAGAGCAAGAGGGAGUGAGCUGUGGAGAAGAGGAAGAAUCUGAGGACUUGGAUGAAAUGGAGAUUGACAGCUGUUUCCCAAGUCUUCAACCCUUUCCUGGGGUGCCGAUGACUUCAGGAGGAGGGGGCAUGCCCACUCUUCUGCGACAUCAGCCCACACGACAACAGGGAGCACCUGAGAGUGGGAGUGAGGAAGGAGAGGAGGAAGAGGAAGAGGAGAGCAGUGAUGUGGAGAACCUGGCUGGAGAGAUUGUCUACCAGCCAGAUGGCUCAGCCUACAUCGUAGAGAGCCUAAGUCAGUUGAUCCAAAGUGGUGGGGGCAUGGUACCCGGCCUGCUUCCCACAAACUCUCUCACCAGUGGGGAAAAACCGGGGGAACCUGCUGGGACUUCAUCCUCGGUCUACCCUCAGAUCAUCAACACGUUCCACAUAGCCUCCUCCUUUGGGAAGUGGUUUGGCAAUUCAGACCAAGGUUUCCCCAAUACCUCAACCAUGGCAGGCCUCAGCCCUGUCCUGCACAGUUUCCGUGUCUUCGAUGUGCGGCACAAAAGCAACAAGGAUUACCUGAACAGCGAUGGGUCUGCCAAGAAGUCCUGUGUAUCCAAAGAUGUUCCCAACAACGUGGAUUUCUCCAAAUUUGAUGGGCUAGCCCUAUAUGGCAAGGGUAAGCCCAUUCUCAUGUGUUUUCUCUGCAAGCUGUCCUUUGGCUAUGCACGUUCCUUUGCCACUCAUGCCGUCCAUGAUCACCGCAUGACACUGUGUGAGGACGAGCGACAGCUGCUAGGGGACAAGCAUGCAUCUGCCAUCAUCCAGGGCAUUGGGAAGGACAAAGAGCCCCUCAUCAGUUUCCUGGAACCAAAAACUAAGAGCACUCCUCUGCCACCUACCCUGCUCCCCAUUAACUCUGGCCAGAGCUUCUAUGGCACAUUUAGUGGUGUCCAUCUGGAGCCUGGAAGCAGCAGCAUGGGCAGCGAGACCCUCCUGAACAAAGACUCUGACUCUGGCCUCCACCAACAGCAGCAGCAACAAACCCCGCUCAGCUCGGUCCUCUCUCUUGGAGGGCUGAGCAUUCCCAAAGCAUCCACUCUUACCUCAUCCCCAGGCUCUGCCAAAGACUCCAGUGCCCUGCCCAAACAGGGAGGGAGAACAGAGGAGCCUGCUGGGAAAGAGUUGGCAUGCAAGGCAGAGGAUGGGGACACUGAUGGACAUGAAAGCAAAGCGCACCUAUCGAGCCAGAUGGGGGGCUUGGAAGAAGAAGAGGAACUGUUAUUAGGGGAGGAGGAAGACGAGGUGGAGGCAGAAAGCACUGCAGUGGCCUGUGGUGGUAACAGUAGCAGCGGCAGGGGUGAAGCGGGGGAACCAGCUGUCUCAAACCAAAGCAUUUCCAAAUCUCCUUUAUUAAUGCCUAGUAGCGCUCUCCAGCCUUCUGCCUGCACACUCAACAGCAAAGUUCCUGCUUCCACUUCCUCCUCUGUCAAGAAAGAGGGUUCAACUUCAGAUGGUGGAGGGAGGACAUCAGAGCUCCCUCUGAGCUUUAACUGCCAGGGAUCCACUAUUCCCAUGGCAAUGGCGGCAGCUGCCGUCAGAAGGAGCGAGGAUGACACUGCUGGCACUUCCUCCUCACCUCUGUCCUCCAAUGCUGCUGCUGAUGAAAGUGCCAAUCGAGAUAGUGCCACAGCUCCAGAACCAAAUGAUUGCCCGGCAGAGGGAGAGGAGGAAAAUGGAGCCCUUCUGCAUCAUCACCACAUGCACCACCAUCUUCAUCACCUCCACCCUUCAUCUCAUGGACACUCCCACCCUCUCCCAGGGGGCUCCUGUGACAUAACAGGGAUGGGCGAGUGUUCACAGAACCAUGGGCCUGGUGGCAGCGGAGGAAGUGGGGUAGAAUGCCCUAAAUGUGACACCGUUCUGGGUUCCUCACGCUCCUUGGGUGGCCACAUGACCAUGAUGCAUUCACGCAACUCAUGCAAGACACUCAAGUGUCCCAAAUGCAACUGGCAUUAUAAGUACCAGCAGACGUUGGAGGCCCACAUGAAAGAAAAGCACCCAGACUCUGGAGGCUCCUGUAUGUACUGCAGCAGUGGUCAGAGCCACCCUCGUCUGGCUCGUGGAGAAAGCUAUACCUGUGGAUACAAGCCCUUCCGGUGUGAGGUGUGUAACUACUCGACCACCACAAAGGGCAACCUAAGCAUCCACAUGCAGUCGGACAAGCACCUGAACAACAUGCAGACACUGCAGAAUGGAGGCUCCAUUGCUUCUGCGCAGGAACAGGUGUUUGGACAUACCCCAGGAGGAGUGGUGGCUGUCCCUUCUGUGACCCAGGCCAGUAGUCAUCACCCUCCCCACCACCAUCCUACACAGUCCUCCGCCCAUAUGGCUGGACCGUGUGGGGCCCCCUCCCCGACCAAGCCGAAGAGCAAACCUACUUGGCGGUGUGAGGUAUGUGACUACGAGACCAAUGUGGCACGGAACCUGCGUAUCCAUAUGACCAGCGAGAAGCACAUGCACAACAUGAUGCUGCUCCAGCAGAACGUGACUCAGAUGCAGCAUGGUCGACUUGGCUUGGGAGCCAUGCCUUCACCUUCUGAGGCUGAGCUCUACCAAUAUUACCUGACCCAGAACAUGAGCCUACCACCAGGCCUCAAGAUAGACCCAGCUGGAGCUGAGGCCCAGUUCCUGAUGGGGAGCUUUCACCUGGAUCCCAACAUGGCCACCCUGGCCCCUGCACUUGUAGGUGGGGAGAUCCCUAUGGACGUGCGGCUGGGUGGUGGGCAGUUGGUUUCUGAAGAACUGAUGACCCUGGGAGAAAGCCUAUCACAAACCAGCGAUCCCUCCCUCAAGCUCUUUCAGUGCGCUGUGUGCAACCGCUUCACCACUGACAACCUGGAUGUGCUUGGCAUGCAUAUGGGAGCUGAACGCAGCCUACCGGAGGAGGAGUGGCGUGCUGUGGUGGGUGACUCUCACCAGUGCAAGUUGUGCCACUACACCACUCAGCUCAAGGCCAACUUCCAGCUGCACUGCAAGACAGACAAGCAUGUGCAAAAGUACCAGCUUGUGGCCCACAUCAAAGAAGGGGGCAAAGGCAAUGAAUGGCGUCUGAAAUGUGUGGCCAUUGGCAAUCCAGUGCACCUGAAGUGCAAUGCCUGUGACUACUACACUAACAGCCUGGAGAAGCUGAGGAUGCACACUGUCAAUUCCCGCCAUGAGGCUAGCCUCAAACUCUACAAGCACCUGCAGCAGCACGAAAACGCGGUGGAGGGUGAUGCCUGCUACUACCAUUGUGUUCUGUGUAACUACUCGACCAAGGCCAAGCUCAACCUGAUCCAGCAUGUGCGUUCCAUGAAGCACCAGCGCAGCGAGAGCCUCAGGAAGCUUCAGCGUUUGCAGAAGGGCCUGCCGGAGGAAGAAGAGGACCUCAGCUCCAUCUUCACAAUUCGCAAAUGCCCUUCUUCAGACACAGGAGAGCUGAGUGAGGAUGUGGAGGCUGCUAGUGAGACCACCACAGACCAGGAGGACCAAACCAAAGACAGAGAAAGUGGGGGGGAGAAGGAGCUCACCAAAGGGACAGCAGUGUCCGGCCACUUGGAACGGCACCAGUCAGAUUCUCCAAUUCCAUCCAAAAGGCCCUCUUCGCGGUCAGAGACCUCCGAGAGCCCUCUCUCCUCAAAACGUCCCAGGACAGCUGAGAAGAGUGCUACGGAGCAGAUGUACCAGUGCCCCUACUGCAAGUUCACCAACACGGACCUGAAUCGUCUCAGAAUGCACGUGAUGACGCAGCACUCUGUCCAGCCCAUGUUACGCUGCCCAUUAUGUCAGGACAUGCUCAACAACAAGAUCCACCUGCAGUUCCACCUUACACACCUCCACAGUGUGGCUCCUGACUGUGUUGAUAAGCUUAUUGCCACAGUAACAGCAAGUGAAGUACUGCCAGCAAGCAUGUUCAUACCUGUACCUAGUCCAGACAGAGAAUCCCAGAGCACCCCUCAUGCCACAGCCAACUCUAACUCUGAAGAUACAAAGAAGCAAGCUGAUGUAUCAGAUGCUGAUCCAGAGAAGGGGGUGUCACUCCCUACAGAAAUAGCUGAAGCUCGCAAGUCACCUCUGGAAGAUCAACAAUCGGAGAGGGAUGAUGCCACAGGAUUUCUUUGUUGGAAGAAAGGCUGUAAUCAGGUGUUCAAGUCCUCCAACUCCCUCCAGAUGCACUUCAAUGAAGUUCACAACAAAAGGCCCCAGCUGCCUGUUUCAGAUCGUCAUGUCUACAAGUACCGCUGUAACCAAUGCAGCCUAGCCUUCAAGACCGUAGAGAAACUACAGCUCCAUUCACAGUACCACGUGAUCAGGGCAGCCACCAUGUGCUGCCUCUGCCAGAGAAGCUUCAGAACACUACAGGCCUUGAAGAAACAUUUAGAAACCAGCCACCUGGAGCUGAGUGAAGCUGAUAUCCAGCAGCUUUAUGGGGGCUUACUGAUGAAUGGUGACAUGAUGGUAAUGGCUGACCCAUCCCUUGGUGAAGAGCCUGGAAGUCUGGGAGAAGAUGACAAAGAGGGAGAUGACAGUGACACAGAGGAAAAACAAAGCCCAACAGGCAGUGACUCUGGCUCACUGCAGGAAGAUUCUGGAUCUGAACCUAAACGUGCUUUGCCAUUCAGAAAGGGCCCCAACUUUACUAUGGAGAAGUUCUUGGAUCCAUCUCGUCCUUUCAAGUGCACUGUAUGCAAAGAGUCUUUUACACAGAAGAAUAUUCUUCUAGUUCAUUAUAACUCUGUCUCCCACCUGCACAAGGUGAAGAGGGCUCUUCAGGAGUCCACUACUGGCCAGCCGGAGCCCACCAGCAGCCCUGACAACAAGCCAUUCAAGUGCGGCACAUGUAACGUGGCAUAUAGCCAGAGUUCUACUCUGGAGAUCCACAUGCGCUCUGUUCUACACCAGACGAAAGCCAGGGCAGCCAAACUUGAAGCAGCAGGAGGGAUUACUAGCUGUGCAAGUGCUACUGGUUUAAGUGGUGGGGGGUCCAGCAUCAGCACUUCAACUUCUAGUCCAAGCCCAGCCAGCAACUCAACUACUAGCUCUACCAACCACAGUUCUCAGACAGCUCAGAGUAUCCUUGGAGGAAACCAUAUGAGCCAGACUCAUAGCAUUGAAAACCUAGGAAAUUCUUCAGUGAGCUGCCAUUCCUCACCAUCUGAGAACCACGAAGUAAAAAAGUCGAAAUUUUCAGACAUGCUGUCUGCUAGGGGGCAACAGCAGCAACAACAACAACAGCAACAGCAACAACAACAGCAACAACAACAACAGCAACAACAACAACAACAACAACAACAACAACAACAACAACAGCUUCAGCAACAACAGCAAUUAGCCCAGGCUCAAGCCCAAGCUCAAGCCCAGCUACAGCAAGAGCUCCAACAGCAGGCUGCUCUUUUACAAUCACAGCUAUUCAACCCAGCACUUCUGCAGCACUUCCCAAUGACAGCUGAUGCACUUCUCCCCCUUCAACAGCAGCAGUUGCUAUUCCCUUUCUACAUCCCUGGAGCAGAAUUUCAGCUGAACCCAGAGAUCAGCAUCAGUAACUCCCUUGGCCUAGCAGGAACCUCCACCUCCUCUCUGCUAGAAGACCUAAAAAAUUCAGCCCAGCAGGCCCAGCAAAGUUGCUUGCAGCAGCAGUUGAUGCACCACCACCUUCAACAGCAACAUCAACAACAGCAGCAGCAGCAGCAGCAGCAACAGCAGCAGCAACAGCAGCAGCAGCAGCAGCAGCAGCAGCAGCAGCAACAGCAGCAGUCUCACUCACAGGCUCAGGGGCAGAUGGCAUUGCUGCAACAGAGUGCAUCUCUCCUCCAGCAUGUUGAAAAAAAGCAGAGACAUUCCUCCUCUCAGAAUGAGAAAGACAGAGAAAUACAAAGAGAGAAGGACACAACUGAAAAAAAUGAAGAAUGUGUUAAUAAAGAUUCUACAGACAGCAAGUCAAAAGAAAAGAGGGACAUUCAGCAUAUUUCAAUAAACAUAAACCAUGAUACUGGCCUGCCUCCACCAAGGAUUGCUUCAGAUGCUCGAGGAAAUGCAACUAAAGCCCUGCUGGAAAAUUUUGGGUUUGAGUUAGUAAUUCAGUACAAUGAAAAUAAACAGAAAGCUCAGAAAAAGACAGCUGGACCUACAGGAUCAAGUGGCCCAGGUGGGAUAACAAGAGUGGUGGACCCCAUUGAGGGAUUAGAGAAACUGGAAUGUGAAGCCUGUGGCAAGCUGUUUUCAAACAUACUGAUUCUAAAGAGUCACCAGGAGCAUAUCCACCAGGCUUUCUUUCCAUUUCGAUCCCUUGAGAGAUUUGCCAAGGAAUACAGAGAGCAUUAUGAUAAACUCUAUCCACUGAGACCCCCUACACCAGAGGCUGCUCCAGCUCCUCCACCGCCUCCUCCUCCACCUCCACCUCCUCCUCCACCCCAAAGAGCUCCCACACCAAAUAUCCCUGUCUCUUCUGCCUCUCUCACACCUCCAACUGUACCCACCCCACAGCCGCAAGUUCAAAUGACACAAAUUCCCAUGCCAAUGGAUUUGCCCCUCUUUUCACCACUCAUGAUGCAGCCCAUGUCUCUCCAGUCCUUGCCCACUCAGUUGCCUCCCCAGUUAUCGUCUGUUGAGCCAAGCCUGGCCUCAGACCUGGCCCAACUUUAUCAACAGCAGCUUACACCAGCCAUGCUACAGCAACAGCAGAACAAGAGGCCACGGACACGCAUCACAGAUGACCAGCUUAGGGUCUUGCGACAGUACUUUGAUAUCAACAAUUCACCAAAUGAGGAGCAGAUUAAAGAGAUGGCAGACAAGUCAGGGCUGCCACAAAAAGUCAUAAAGCACUGGUUCAGAAACACCCUUUUUAAAGAGCGGCAGCGCAACAAAGACUCGCCAUACAAUUUCAAUAAUCCGCCAACAACAACUCUAGAAGAAACAAAAGUUGACUCUAAACCUCCUUCCCCUGAACCUCAGAAACACGAAUUAUACGGAAGUAAGAGAUCAUCCAGAACGAGGUUUACUGACUACCAGCUAAGAGUGCUGCAAGACUUCUUUGAUGCCAAUGCUUAUCCUAAAGAUGAUGAAUUUGAACAGCUCUCCAAUCUUCUUAGCCUCCCCACACGUGUGAUUGUUGUGUGGUUCCAAAACGCUCGCCAGAAAGCAAGGAAAAAUUAUGAAAACCAGGGUGAUGGAGCAAAAGAUGGUGAAAGACGAGAAUUGUCAAAUGACCGCUAUAUUCGCACCUCAAAUCUGAACUACCAGUGUAAGAAAUGCAGUCUGGUUUUCCAGCGUAUAUUUGAUCUAAUAAAACACCAAAAGAAGCUGUGUUACAAAGAUGAAGAUGAAGAUGGACAGUAUGACAGCCAAAAUGAGGAUUCACUGGAUCUUUCCAAUGAAUGUUAUACUCCCUCUGGGUCUUCCUGUCACACCCCAAUGCCCUCCUCUUCAAGUCUCUGCCCACUUCCACCCUCCACUUCAGCAUUCUCACACCUCCCAUCCACUGAGAAAGAGGAGGCAUCACCAGCAAGCACGUCAAACAUGUAUGAUGAGAAGCCCAAGCAGUUAACAGAAAUUUCUGCUGAUCUACGUGAAAACCAAACCUCUAUAAAGCAGGAAAUUGUACAUCAGCCCCAGACUGAGUCACAACACCAUAGACCUCAAAGAGAAGAGAAGAUUCAGACUAUCUCCAAGCCCAUCAAACAUUCAUCUCCUUCUUUUUCUCAGCAACAACAGCAGUGUGGUCCUUCAGCCUCUCAGACAAGCCAGGCCUCAUCACAAAGCUCUCACAUGAGCCUCAAUGCACACCUAACCUCUGCCACACAACAACUGGCACAACAGAUGAUCCCCUACCAGUGUGAGCAGUGCAAGGUUGGCUUCCCCUCCUUUGAGCACUGGCAGGAACACCAGCAAUUACACUUCCUUUCUGUGCAAAAUCAAUUCAUCCACCCUCAAUUCCUCGACCGUCCAAUUGACAUGCCUUUCAUGCUAUUUGAUCCCAGCAAUCCUCUCUUGGCAAGUCAGCUACUCUCUGGGGCAAUGCCACAGAUUCCCAGCAGUUCUGCCACCUCUCCGUCCACCCCCACCUCCACCAUGAACUCCCUGAAGAGGAAGUUAGAGGAGAAAGCUGGCACUAGCCCAGGAGAGAACGACAGCACAAAUAGUGGAGAAGAGCCACAGAGAGACAAGCGACUCAGAACCACCAUCACACCUGAACAGCUAGAGAUCCUUUAUCAGAAGUAUUUAUUAGAUUCAAAUCCUACACGUAAAAUGCUUGACCACAUUGCUCAUGAGGUGGGAUUAAAAAAGCGAGUAGUGCAAGUCUGGUUCCAAAAUACAAGAGCUAGAGAGAGAAAAGGCCAAUUCAGAGCUGUAGGGCCAGCUCAAGCUCAUCGUAGGUGCCCUUUUUGUCGAGCACUUUUUAAAGCAAAAACUGCCCUUGAGGCACACAUUCGCUCUCGUCACUGGCAUGAAGCCAAACGUGCUGGAUAUAAUUUAGCUCUCGCUGGUAUGUUACCUGAACAGGAGGGUAUGCAAAUAAAAAUGGAUGCUCUAGACACGUCAAGUUACUCCCAACUGGCCCCAUCAAACAGUGAUGGACAAAGCUCCUCCAUGUCACCAGUGAACAAAAGCAUGGAUUUGUCUCCUAGGGCUCUACUGAGUCCUUCAUCCAUUAAAGUAGAGGGAAUGGAAGAUUUUGAGAGUGCCAUGGCAACCAUGUCCUCUGUAAACCUCAGCUUUGAUCAAAGCAAACUGGAUAAUGACGACUGUUCUUCUGUGAAUACAGCAAUCACAGACACAACCACAGGUGAUGAGGCCAAUGCUGAUAAUGACAGUGCUGAUGCAAAGCAUAGCCAAAAUAGUGGUGACUACCUGUCUAAGUCUGGGGGCUCAGCUCCUAUCCUUGAAAAUGAUGACCAGAUGUCCUCAGGGCUGGUAAGCCCUGCAACAAGUUAUUAUGCUAAGGACUAUGAAAAUGAACAUAUGAUUGACCACAGUGAAACAUCCAGCCUGGCUGACCCUUGCUCACCAAGUCCUGGAGCCUCAGGUACCAGGAGCAUCGACAGCGGAGAUCGACCUGGCCAAAAGCGCUUCCGAACCCAGAUGACUAACCUCCAGCUGAAAGUGUUGAAAUCCUGUUUUAACGAUUACAGGACUCCCACUAUGCUGGAAUGUGAGGUACUUGGUAAUGACAUUGGACUUCCAAAGAGAGUGGUUCAGGUGUGGUUUCAAAAUGCCCGUGCCAAGGAGAAAAAGGCAAAGCUUAAUAUGGCCAAGCACUUCGGAAUAAAUCAGACAUCCUACGAGGGGCCGAAGACUGAAUGCACUUUGUGUGGUGUCAAGUACAGUGCUCGCCUCUCUGUUCGUGAUCACAUUUUCUCCCAGCAACACAUCCACAAGGUGAAGGAUACCAUUGGCAGCCAGAUCGAUAAGGAAAAAGAAUACUUUGACCCAGCCACUGUCCGCCAACUUAUGGCCCAGCAAGAGAUGGACCGCAUUAAGAAGGCCAAUGAAGUUUUAGGACUGGCACAGCAGCAGGCCAUGCAGCAGCAGGGGAUGUUUGACAACCCUGCAAUGCAGGCUCUGAAUCUCCAGUCAGCCUAUCCAAAUCUGCAAGGCAUUCCACCUGUCCUUUUGCCAGGGGUUGGCAGCCCCUCUCUUUCCAGCUUUAACUCAUCUAAUUCAGCUUUAACUCCUCCAAAACCUUCAAACCUCCUGAACAUGCCUGGUGCCAGUGUUCCCUCACCUAGCCUCCCCACAUCCGGAUUGCCCAACAAGCCUCCAUCCUCAUCGUCUCUCGCCGCAUCCAGCCCAGCCCAAAUCAACACGUCUGCUUCCCACUCAAGCCCCACCUCCACAUCCAACUCCACUUCUUCAACCACCCAGUCCGGCUCUCGGCAUGAACCCCCCAAAGAACGUGAUGUUGAGAGGGUAAGAGAGAAGGAGAAGCUAAAGGAAAAGACAGAGAAGCCCCCAACCCCAUCGUCAACUGGAAGCACCCCUGCCCCUUCCACUUCUGCUGCCAGCGCCAAGAAGGAGAAACCAGACACAGCUGUACCUGCCACCUCUAUGCCCACACCCGGCAUGGAGUAUGUGGUAGACCCUGCACAGCUUCAGGCCCUGCAGGCUGCUUUGGCAUCUGACCCCACAGCUCUCCUCACAAACCAGUUUCUGCCAUACUUCAUGCCUGGCUUUUCACCAUAUUACACCCCACAGAUCCCUGGGGCUCUCCAAGGGGGCUACCUGCAACCAAUGUAUGGUAUGGAAAGUCUCUUUCCUUACAACCCAGCAUUGUCUCAAGCACUGAUGGGCCUCUCCCCAGGGUCCCUGCUGCAGCAUUACCAGCAAUAUCAGCAGAGCUUGCAGGAGGCACUACAGCAGCAGCAGCGGCAGCUUCAGCAGAUCCAGCAACCCAAGGCGAGCCAAACUCCAGUUCCCCCACAAACCUUGGGGGAUCGCAAAGAAUCUGCCAAAGAUCCAGUGAAAACAGAGGAGCAAAAGGGCAACCCGCAUAAUGAACCCCCCACUUCCUCCUCCUCUUCCUCCUCCUCUCAUAAUAAAGUACCCCCUGAGCAGAAUGACAUGGAUGGCAAAGCUGUAGACCCCCAUCUAGACCAGUACAUCGUCCCCAAGGUGCAGUAUAAACUGGCAUGCCGCAAGUGUCAAGCAGUUUUCACCAAGGAAGACGCGGCUAUUACCCACCUUAAAUCUAACUGUUUUUUCGGUCAGUCUGUGGCAAACCUGCAAGAGAUGUUGCUGCGUGUCCCCGGUGGCGUAGGUGCAGGGGCUGGAAGUCUCUAUGACUGCCUGGCUUGUGACACUACGUUGGAUGGGGAGAAAGCACUCAGUCAACACCUGGAAUCGGCAUUGCACAAACACAGAACAAUCAAGCGAUCAGCCAGAAAUGCCAAAGAGCACGCUACUAGUUUAUUACCUCACUCUUCAGCCUGCUUCCCCAAUCCUAACACCGCAUCUACCUCGCAGUCUGCCACUCAUCCCAUCAGCAGCCCCCCUCCCCCGCCAACAACAUCAGCCACCAUGCCAUCCUCUGCUGUCUCCUCUUCCCUGUGCUCCUCCUCUACUACCCCACUCAACACCACAGCUGCCGGCAAACCAUGGCCCCAGGCCCCUUUCUCCAGAGCUUUAGCUGGGAAGCCCAAUGCCAGUCCCUCCUCUUCUUCCUCCUCUUUUCCUCCAAUGUCCUCACCUUCAACGGUUACCUCAAGUUCAUUGAGCACCUCAGGAGUUCAGACCUCGAUACCAACAGACGUCUUUACUGACGAGUCUGACUCUGACAGCAGUCAGAAGUCAGCAGACAGGCUGGGCAGGACGGCGGAGGAGCCGCAACAGCCUGGCUUUGUCAAAGACAGUAGUAGUUGUAGUAGUAAUCUUGCUAGUGUAGGAACAGACUCCAUCAGAUUGUAAAAGAGCUUUCAGUGAUGGACAAUAUUUAAAAAACACUAAAAAAGACAAAAAAAAAUCACAAAUGGAAAAAACAUAAAAAGCAGCAAUGUUAAAAAUACAUUAAAAGUAUACAAACCAAUUUCAGAAAAAGAUGUGUAAAGACUAACUGCAAUUCCAAAGCUUGUAACCAAAAAUUUAAAUGUUAGUGGAUUGUUUUCCCAUAUCAACAUGCUGGUUUUCGUUUUGUUUUUUGUUUUUGUUUUACUCAACUGAAAUACAUGCAUACUAAUAUAUGAGAAUAGAAAAGAUCGCUGCAGUUAUGUUUUGGGUAAUGGUAGAGGAAUGCUGUACUGUAUGGCAAUGGACUGCCUCAAAGUUGACAAAUGGCCCAAGAAACCUUUUGAAGAAAUACGCGUCAACAAGCUGUCCCUUUGUUUUGUUAUAAUUUCUACUUAAUAGCACAGUCACAAAAAGCCAGUAUGUACUGUAUGGGAGAAUAGUCUAUCAGUUUUCUUGCUAUUUAAGCAUUCAGAUACCAAUGGCUUGCAAAAGUAAAAGAAUAAUGUAAUGUCUAUUUUAUUCUCAGGUCAACAGCUCACAGAUGUUUUUUUUUGUUACAGAAAUCCAUGUUUUACACAUUUGUUUCCAACAGGAGAUGAGCUUUUCUUUUCUUUUCUUUCAGAACUUGAUUUAAGAAAGUUUUAAGUUCAAUUUUAAUAAGGCAUUGUUUCUGGGCAUUCAAAAAGGGUAGGUAAAUCCAAUGAUUUGCUGAUUUUAACAUUAGAAAUCCUUUUAAAGGGGGGGGGGGGGUUCACAAUCCCAUUAUACCCAGACAAGGAGAGCAUUGCAGACAUAAUAACGGGCGAUAAAAAGAGUUUUGAUUAAAAAAAACAACCUUCUGUAUUUAUGAUAGAUAUGAACAUUUUUGGUGUUAAGUAGAUUGUUGCAUUGGAAAUGAAUUUAAACAGUAUGGUAGGUUGAAAAAAACUUUGUGUACAUUUAGCUUUUGUAUUGUCCAACUUUAAGACGCUUCAUUUGAUGUUGUCUUGGUCAUUCCGAUAGACUAGAUUAUGGACAGGUAAUUUAUCUCAACUUUAUUUCUGUCUUAUUCUUAACUUUUUGGGAAACAUUCACCCAAAUGCCCCUCCUGACAAGGCAGGAUCCUCUUUUAGAAUUAUUUAAAUUUUAUGGUUUGGUUGGUAUUGCUCUAACCAAAACAGAAAAGAUCCUGGGUGAAAUAUUGAAAGUUAUAUUUUAUUUAAUUUUUGUGUUACCUUUGUGCACUUAUUACUGUCUGACUCCUAUUUCUCACUCUACUUGUUCCUCUUCGCACUUAUUUUCUCUGCUCUCCUGUGUUUGUAGAUAUGUACACUACAAAGCAGGUCUUUUGUUCUUCAUGUAGUGUGGCUACAGUCUUUAUUUCAUUUUGACAUUUUUGUUGUCAUAAAUGAAAAUGAAAAAAGAAUACUAAUAAUAAUUCUCACGCUUUAAGACAAAAAGAAAAUCCAAAGACUAAACACUUUCACCAUUGGUGCAUAAAUAUGAGAAAAGAGGCUUCUUUAUACUUGAGAAUUUGUUGCUGUUUUUAGAGGAAAGAAAACAAAGUUUUAAAAGAUAAAGGAGUACGCAUCAGAGUUGCCGUUUUUGCUUCUUUGCAAGCAAACAGGUGGCUUUUUUACGUAAAUACCAAAAACCAAAAAGGGCCCUUGUCCUUGCAUUGUGGAGUAGCACCGUUACAGAGCCAUUGCAGUUUGUAAGAUAGAGGUUAUUAAUCUUUGUUUGACUUUUUUGUCACAUUCAAAUGUCCAUUUUUUUAAGAAAAUGUAUAAGGUCUGGUCUUCAAGGACAUACGUUUUGCUGCUAAUGUAGAAUUUUGAAAGAAAAAAAAAGAGUACCUAGAUGCAUGCUCAUUUUGCUUUUGGCUAAGCUUUAACUAAAACAAACAAUAAACCAAUUUCUUGCCUCUGCAACACUUUUUUUUUUCUUGUUGCAAAAACGGAACUUUGAAGACUGUGAAUAUAUGUUCCAAAGGACAUUUUGCCGAUUUUCUUUUUGAACAGACCAAUGUUUAAAGCCAAUGAUCUAUAACGUUUGUAAAGAACAGUGCAUUCCAAAUAUCACAAUGGAUUUUUCUUAAGCAAGGACUGAUCAUAUUUCGUUUAAUUGCUUUUAAUUGUCACAAUCUAUUUUUUUUUUUCUCAUUUUUAAAGUGACUGUAAACUGUUGUGUAAAUCUUUGCAUCAUUGGUUGCUGAACAAAGUGACCUUCAUAUGUCAUUUUGUGCUGGCAUGGAACAUUGCUGAAAUUCCCUCCAUCCAGUCAAGGUUGUUGCUCACUUGUUAAGCAAGAAAUAGUGGUUACCAAAAAAUGUAUAUAAUACAUCUGGUACUGAUGCGUCUCAUAGGUUUAGCAACAUUUAUGCCAGUCGACAUACAACUAGUCUCAGAGGGAAAUGAUAGCGGUUUUGCUGAGGUGCCGUUGCCUCCUUCCUGGGAAAUCCACCAGUGACUUGUCCCAUGUGUCUGCAAGGUGCCACUUCCACACAUAGAUUACAGGUUUUUAAGGGACAUCUUCAUUCCAAAGCAUUAUUUCUGGAAAAAGUAGGAGGUUUUUUGAAGAUGUCCCUUGAUUUCAGAUAGCUAGGAUGCUUUCAUGUCCAAAGAAGUCACCCACUUCAUUUUAUUGCAAUGGAAAUGGAUGUGCAUAGGUACCCCCACCCUCUCACGGAUGAUCCAAUGAACCCAAAUUUUUAUUUUUUAAACCAAAACCAAGACAUAUUUAAAUUUGUGAAGAACUACUUUUUUGGCCACUAUUGUAUAGCCAAUAUAUACUUGCCCCAAUUAGUACACGGCACAAUCUCAGAAGUGUGUUUAAAGUGCUUCAUCUUGCAGAGCAAUGUGAUUUGGUGUUAAUACUACAGCAUGCUGUUGAAAGUCGGGAGAUUUGGCCUGAAAGCUUGCUAUUUCUCUAAAGUCCAGUUCCCUGAAAUACUGUUAUGUACUUUCUUAUUUUGGAAAAUUCUUAAGUUGUACAGGUUUUCUCAAAUAUGUUUGCUUUAUUUUAAUUUUCAGACGAUGUCAGACAUGUAUUGUAUUUGUAUUUUAUUUUAGUGUCUGUAUAUUACUUUUUAUCAUAAAUUAACACUAGCUUUAAUUUGAAUUGCUGAAAUUGAGAAACAAAAACAAAAAUAUGACCUGGCCACUUUAUGGUGUGAUGAUGUUCUUUAUAUUCAUUGUCUCAAUGAUACUGUUUGCUCUCUUAUUUCCAAAGUGUAAUCUUUUGGGCUCUUGUGUGGAAGACAUAGUUGAGGUCUCUACAUAAGAUUCAGCCAGCAUGGACUGUGUGUGAGUUUGUGUGUGUGUGUGUGUGUGUGUGUGUGUGUGCGUGUGUGCGUGUGUAUGUGUGUGUGUGUGUGUGUGUGUGUGUGUGUGUGUGUGUGUGUAUGUAUGUGUGUGUGCGUGUGCGUGCGUGUGUGUGUGUGUGUUUUUCAUAAGAGCCAGCAUCAAUUCAAUUUUUUCUUGUUUGCCUUUUAUUGUUUAUAUGUUACACACCAAAACAAACUGAACCACAAAGCUGGAUUAUAAAUAACUGAAAUUUAGGAAAUCAAAUUUUAAAGGUAAUGUUCAGAAAUGAGAAUGAUGAAACAGAAGCACUGAGCAGUUUUUACUUUGAUUGAAUAUAUGAAUGUGGCCAAAGCUUUAUGCAGUUGAAACAAAAAGAAGAAAAAUUACAAGUUGUGCCCCAGAUAAGUGUAUAUUUUAUUGUGGCACAAGAUGCUAUUGUGGAUAAUUGGAUCCACUGACUUACAUUGGGAUACUUGAUUUUAAUGGACAUUUACAAAGAGAGCGCUAAAGACAAGGUUUUGCUGUAGAGGUCAUCUUUUGCCCACUGUGAAAACGAACGUGUACCUGUAUACAGAUAUAGAUAUAUUUAAAACAAGACAUCAACUUUUUUUGUUUUUGAGAUGAAGAAGGAAUGAAAAGAGAAAAAAAAGGACUCUGGGAAGCUUUGGAGAUCUCAUUAGGAGGACACGAGAGGCUGUGGGCACACCAAAACUGGGCAUGGGAGCCAAAGGCCGGCUCAAAACAGCUUUAAAACCACCUCCUUAUUUCAUUACUGACAACUCUGUAAUGGGAAUGGACUCUGGAACCAAUGGACAUGUGUGACACAGAGAGGAAAGUCCUUAGAUGAAACUGAACUUAAGUGGCUCGAGCUGCCUCUUUCUCCUUUCUGUCUGUCUCUUUCUUUCUCCAGCUCUGCCUCUGCUUCUGCUCUUUGAUGGACAUUUUCCAAAUUUCAGGACAGGAUGGACAGAGAUGCUUGCUUCAUUUCUCCCAGUUCAUGUUGCUACCCGUUUCAUUUCCCUGUGCUUGUCUCUGGUUGACAAGUAAAGCUCUCCAGUCAAAUGGCGGCUCACCCCUCUCUCUGUUGAUUACAUAAUCUAAAAAGAGAAAUGAAUAACAGAGAGAGGGGACGGGUUCUCAAAGCUGUCAUUUUUAAAGAGGCAGUUACACUAAAAAAGCGUAUUAACCAAAAUUAACAACCAAACUAACAACCAAACAACCAUUUGCUCCAACUUCAAAGAUGAACUGUUACUUGGAGCUCUCUGUUCCUUUUGUGACUUCUGGUGCCACAAUGUUUUUUUAUGCUUUUAGUUUUUCUUUUUGUUUCCUUGAAUUACUCCUCCUUUGAGCCUCAUAAGCAUGGCUCUGUGGCUCCAGGCAGCCCAUCCGAGGGUAGAAAAAAACAGCCUUGCAAUGUACAAAAAAGAGCAAGUUAAACCAAAAAUGUUGUUCUUGAUGUCUUUUCUAUACUGUAGUCUUGUUAGCUUUUUUGUUACUGUAAUUAUAUGAUGAAGAUUUCCAAACUGUACCAAAUUACAUGGAAACUAACAUACAUACAACCACAUGGAACUUCAGACUUUUAAAGAAACUUUUGUCACAAAACCUUGUUGUCCUAGUUAAGUUGAUUGUAGAUGGUAAUUGAAUAUACUCCUUUGAAAAUAUUUCAUCAAGUAUGUUUCUUGCUCAUUGUGAUACAUUAAAAAAGUAUGAGCAUAAA